AUGUCGUCGAAGGAAUCAAGCCUUGCGAAGACAUUGGAGCGAUCUCCAGCCAAGUUUGAUGCCACGGGUCUGCGGGUUCUCUUGGUGGGCGAUAAUCCUGCGAGCGUCGAACCUUUGAAGAAAGCCCUACAAGAGAUAUGCAAGCACGAAGUAACCACGUGCACGGUACCGAAGGAUGCACCGUCUUUGCUGCUAGAGAAGAAAAGGUUUGACAUCGUCUUGAUCGAGUACCGAAUGGGCGACAUGGAUGGUUUUCAAAUCCUUGACUCAAUCCAGUCGAUGGAGAAGGCGGACGACCUUCCCGUUAUAUUCUUGUUCUCCGGAGGCCAAGACAUGGAUGUUGAUGUUCUGAAGCGAGGGGUUGAGAAGGGGGUUUGCGAUUUCUUAACCAAGCCGAUUCGAGACGAGACCUUGAAGUUGAUAUGGACUCACGUGUUUCGCUCUAGGCUACACAGGAAGGAGGGUGUCAUCGUUAACAAUGACGCGGUCUCGGAAGUUAAUCGGCGGGAUAGAUUGGACUCCCCGAUUCAGUCCUCGUCUGGUCAUGACUCAGCAGCACUCGGAAUGAGUGAAGGAAGCUCGGGGAUGAAGAGGGGCCGGGAUCAUGCCGAGGAUCAACCGGAUGAAUCAAAUGACAGUAUCGGCACCGCAUCGGCUGCAGCAAUCACGAAGAAGCCACGAGUUCAUUGGACACCGGACCUCCAACAAAAGUUUGUCGAGGCCAUCGACAGGAUUGACAAAAGAAAAAAUCCGGGUAGACGAUUCAGAAACGAUGAAUCAGAAGAACAAGCUGUUCCGAAGGAGAUUCUGGAUGAGCUGCGACGUAUGGGUGUUACCGGUCUUACCCGACAAAACAUCUCCAGCCACCUUCAGAAACAUCGGACGAGCAAGAAGAAGCAAGGCCAAUUGUCAGAGUUACAGAAUGGACCCCUCAUCACGAUGAAUUACUCAAGCCCGGGCCAGUAUUCUUCUCUGUCAAUCGAGUCGUCAUAUCCUCCUGCUCCAACUGCUCCUUAUCCUGCUCCUACUCGUUAUCUCUCUUCUCAGAAUUUCUCAAUCGGUCAAGCAAUACAACAACCCGACAACUACAUCUCGAUCGGCCAACAAGCAGGUCCACUUCCAGUAGGACCGAUGACGACCCGGCAGCUCACACUGCCGCUUGACCAGAUUAAUCAAUUGCCUAAUUUCUGGAACUCAAGCCCCCGCCAUGUUAUUGGAUCAGCUGCUCCGGGGAACUUGCAUUUCGGGCCUCCCUCUGUCUUUGGAAAUCAAAACCAGCCACUGGUUUCAGGUCCGCAUUCGAUCAACCAGUCAACUAUUUUCUCACCCGCGAUCGAUCAUUGUCAAUUCGUCCCAGCUGCUACGAGUCUAGAUGAGGACAUUGCACAACAGCUCAGUUUCGAUGAUCUUGACGAUCUGCCUUGGUUCGAGAACUGGAGCGAGGGACCGAUCGAGAAUGCAUGGGAACGUACGCUAAGUGCUGCUUGA